UAAAAAAUAAGUGUUUUUUGUCAUUGAUUUCAAACGUGUUUGUCUUCCCGUAUAUUCAACAGCCAAUCGGUGGUCAACUUUAUUUACCGAUAAUAUUCGCAUGAUUUUUGCCGGUAAUAUCAGCCGACAAUUGAGAUCAAACAAUGAACUAUUGGUCACUCGCCCGUCGGUGGCCAGCAAUGUGUCGCUCAUCAUCAUUGAAACAGUUUGUCAGACAGGAGUCCACUGGCAAUGACUAUCGGGUUAUUGAGACGGUCGGCACUGAACGUCAGUUUGAUUUUGAGCCGCAAAAAGCCGAGACAUUGAUGCAAAAGUUGGGUCUUUUAUAUUUGGCGGACAGAAAUGCUGGCAAUUUGGGUGUAGUCGGCGGCAAAAACAGUUACGCAUUGGUCGCCGAUUUGGUCCGACUUGAACGGGCACUCAUACGAUGGACAAUCCGACAGUUGGUCCGCGUGUACGGCUUCGAGCCGGUAGUCGUGCCUCAGUUGUUGUACUCCGACAUUAUGACCGCCUGUGGUUUCAGUCCUGAUGGCCAGCGGUCGCAAGUGUACCGAAUGGUUGGUGACGAUAGAGUAUGUUUGAUCGGAACGGCCGAACAGCCGUUGGCCGCCUUCAAUAUCGGCGAAACACUAUCGAUGGAAGACUUACCGAAAAAGUACUGUUCAAUGAGCCGAUGCUAUCGUGCGGAAAGCAAACACACCAAAGAAAAUUGGGGUCUCUAUCGGGUCCACUAUUUCAAUAAAGUCGAAAUGUUUGCUAUAACCGACAGAACACUGUCCGACCAAAUGCUCAACCAAUUUGUCGACAUCCAGAAGUCAUUGUUCCUCGAGUUAGGCCUACAUUUUCGUUUGGUCGAUAUGCCCGAUCACGAGUUGGGCGUAUCGGCCAAUAAAAAGUUUGAUAUCGAGGCAUACAUGCCAGGUCGUGAUGUUUGGGGUGAGAUAUCGUCGGCGUCCAACUGUACGGACUAUCAGUCACAGCGACUGAAUAUUAAAUACCGAACAGUUGUGGCCAAUGAAGAAACAGAUCAAAUAUAUGAUGACAUGUUUGUCCACACUGUCAACGGUACUGCCUGUGCUGUACCGCGAAUGUUGAUCACAAUCUGUGAACAAUACCAGACUCGGGAGGGAUCAGUGGUUAUACCAGACGUAUUGAUACCAUUCAUGAAUGGACAGACAGUUAUCGAUAAAAGACAAACAAUGUUUGCUAUCACUGACCAACCAAACACCGGUCAAGUAGUCCUAUAAUCGCAUUAUCACACUAUCCAUUGCGUUCAUAAUAUUUAAAGGGAUUUAUUGACAAACUAAACAAAAUCCAAUUGUAAGCGAAAACAUUUGGAGAGAUUUUAUUUGCUUGUAUUGUUUGGCUCCGGGUAUUCAAAAUGUUUCAGUUGUUUGUUAUAAUUACAAAUAUUUAGGGUUAAGCAAGGUCUUCAAUUCUAGAGCGGGGGGGGGGGUAUAGGGUGGAGUAAACUGACAAACAAACAAAAUCUUAGGGGUAUUGUUGUGAAGAUUUUUAUUGUUUACUCUAAAUUUUAAGAGGGUCAUUUUAUUUAUUUUUUAAAAUCUAUCUUAGUGUGGUAAAAUGCCUUUACUCUCUACCCCUCUUUUGCUUAACCCUUAUAAAUACAUAAUAAUAAUAGAAUAAU